AUGAUAUCCAGGUUUACUCGCUCCUUUAUAGUCUCGUGCUUUGCUCUACUCCUCAUCGGCUCGCUAUUCUUCCUGAAUCCUCCUAUCCGUGUGUACAAGGAUGCCAUCACGAAUGAAUGGUUCUCCAACGACGGGGUCGAGCCGUAUCAUCCACCCAAAGACUCUAAAGAGCAGAACUCGCAUAUUGGAAGCGUGAUUAUGGGGAAGCUGGGGAACGAAACCGCAAAGGCACAAUUGGGACGAGCGACAUGGAAACUCUUGCACACUAUGACCCUGCGAUAUCCAGAGAAACCAACGGAGGAUGAAAGAGAGGCACUAAAGUCCUACUUUUAUCUCAGUUCGCGAUUAUACCCCUGUGGAGAGUGUGCGGCCGAAUUCCAGCUUCUCUUAAAGGAGAAUCCACCACAGACGUCUUCACGCAAAGCAGCGUCCCUCUGGCUCUGCCAUGUGCACAAUCUCGUGAACAAGCGGUUGGGUAAGGACAUAUUUGAUUGCAACACCUUGGGGGAUACAUAUGACUGUGGGUGUGGUGAUGAUCCGGUAGAAGAGAAGAAAAAAGUCCCACCGGUCGACUUGGACGGGAAGCCAUUGAUCAAAGGGGGAUGA